AUGACAAAACAGAUACGUCAAACUACUUGGGCAUGCAUUCCGUACGCAAAGGCUCCGCGGUUCGACCACUCCCAGAUUUUCAAUCAGAAUCUAGGAGGCGUCCAGGAAGCUAGUGAUUAUGGCCCGGCGUGCCCACAGCAUAACAUAGUCUCAGCCUUUGCACCAAGCGACCUCGGUCUAGGCCUCGUGGGCGGAUUUAUAGAAAGUCUUCCGUUUUUUCAAAAAAUCCUAAAACAAGACGAAGAUUGUCUCUAUAUAAACGUCCAGCGGCCCCAGAACGAGAGCCUCGAGGGUCUGCCCGUCCUGGCUUGGAUCCACGGGGGAGGCUUCGAAUUAGGCUCAUCAAGCGCAGUAGGACUGGAGACUACUCCCGUCACAGGAAUAUUCUAUCAAGGCGCGAAUAUCGUCAAACGAAGCAUUGACAUGGGCCAGCCGGUCGUUUUCGCGUCAUUCAACUAUAGGCUCGCACACUUUGGCUUCACUGCCUCGCGAGAAUUCGACGAGGCCGGUCUUUUGAAUCUAGGCUUUGAAGAUCAGCGAAAUGCGUUGCGCUGGAUUCAGAAACACAUUGCUUCGUUUGGUGGAGAUCCAAACAAGGUCACCAUCAUGGGCGAGUCGGCAGGGUCGUGGUCUGUAAGCGGCCAUCUAGUCGCUAAUAAUGGCGACAAUGAGGGCCUUUUCCGGGCUGCAAUGGGGCUCUCCGGAGGUCCUCUCAAGGUCGACGGACCAGAACGCCAGCAAGGAAUGUUCGAUGACAUGGUCCGAUUCGUGGGGUGCAACUCGGCCGCGGACAAGAUCAAUUGUCUGCGAAAAGCACCAUAUGAGAAAAUCUACCAGCACAUGCAAACAAUUAAUUCCUUGAUAGGCUUCCGCAGCUUAGCAUCGGCGUGGACGCUCCGACCAGAUGGCAAGUUCUUUCCACAGAGUCCGGAUAAGCUCGCUGCGGCAGGGCGAAUCGCCAAUGUGCCAGUUUUAUACGGAGACAUGCGCGACGAAGGGACUCUCUUUUCGCUGAUUAACCAGCUGAACUUGACUACAACUAGGGAUGUUAAGGAAUAUUUCAAGACUUAUUGGUGGCCAGCGGCUACAGAGCAGCAGCUGAAUCGUCUCAUGGAGUUGUACCCACAAGAUCCAACUAAAGGGUCACCCUACGGCACAGGACUGCUCUAUGCGAUCCCACCUCAGUACAAGCGCUUAUCUUCUCUCAUAGGUGAUUAUAGCUUCGAGGCACAGCGGCGUGCCCUGCUGCAAAAGGUUGCGGCUCCAAAGUGGAAUUACUUGAUCGAGGCUUCCAUUCCUCUCAGGGGAGCAGAAAAUACCAUUCUCCGUCCUCUUAUUGGGGCUGGGGACAUUCCCAUACUAGGCUCUUUCCAUGGUGCAGAUGUCGCGCUCUACUGGUUUAACACUCUUCCAGACACAAUCAGCUUGAACUCGCAUCAUUUACUAGGCGUCCUGGUUUCUUUUGUAAACCAUCUCGAUCCUAAUAUGCAUAAGAUGGACGGAUUACCUAACUGGCCGCAGUGGGAUGGUCAGAAUAAGAAGACAAUGCGCUUCCGAGAACGUGGGCCAGAUAUCGUGACUGAUGACUAUCGCGAGAUGGGUAUAAACUAUAUCAACGAAAUAGGAGACUCGUUGCGUAUCUAA